AUGAUAAAAAAUAAUAAACUAGUAGCAGACAAAAUCAUCAAAGAAUUAAAAGAAAGUCAAGGGUCUAAAAGCGAGACCAGAAACAUUCAAAUAGUAGAAUUUAAAUAUGAACGAGAAGAGUAUCAAAUAGUUGAUAGUAUUGGAAUUGGUGAUACAUCAUUAUCAGACAGUCAAGUGCUAGCUGAAAUAACUAAGGGAUAUGAAUUAAUCAAAAAUGGCAUACACCAAGUCUUAUUUGUGGUUGGUGGAAGAUUUACCCCCGAAGAAGUAGAGACUUUUAAUCUGUUAAAGAAGUUCUUUUUUGAUGUAGACGUUGAUAAAUAUACCACAAUUGUGCGGACUAGAUUUCCAAAUUUUGAAGAUGAGUCUGAACGCAACAAGGACAUUGAAACGUUACGUGAUGAAAAUAAUCCAAAAAUUACCAAAAUGCUUGACUCUUGUAAUGAGAUUGUUCAUGUAGACAAUCCUUCAGUAAAUGUUGUUGGCGAUAGUCUAAGAGUAAAAAAACAGGUUGAGCUUAACAAAGAAACUCAUCUUAAAAAAAUAAAAGAGGAUUUUAAAGAUAGAGUAAAAAAAGAAAAUAAAAAAUUUGAGGAAGAAAUAAAAAAUUUGAGGAAGAAAAAGGAUGAAGAUCUAAAAAAAGAAAUAGAAAGUCUAGAAAAGAAAAUAGAAGAAAACAAAAAACUUGAAAAUAUCGAUGCAUUUGAAGCACUUAUAGAAAUAGCCGCAAGUAAAUCUGGAAGUGGAAAAUCUGCUUUAGCUAAUGUAAUAACUGGUACUAAAAGAUUCGGAGAAGCCGAUUAUGCAGCUAGUUGA